GGAGCAGCUCGCCAUUCCGGCCAGGAGAAGGCGGUGGCGACACGCGUCUGCUCGCUCAGCCAGUACGAUAGAGACGGGGAAGAAAACACCAUAGACGUGCAUAUGCAAAGAAGGGGGGAAAAGAGCAUUCAAACUUAGCAAGGCGCUCGGCAGUGGAAGUCUUUCCGUCCGCUGCUCGGAUCAGGAAAUAGCCUUGCGAGGGUUCCCCUUUGCGAAGGGCGGUGCCACGAGGGUCUUCGCUGGAUAUCGCCCGGGUUGUUCCUGUCUGAGACGUUUCUUUUGAGAUCAGAGCAUUCCACCAACGUUUAGAAUGGCAUCGUGGAAUGCAAAUAAAAACAUCCAGAAUUCCACUAGACAAAUUGUGAACCCUGACCUUGACAUUGAAAGAAAAACGGCCUCCUUCAGUGUUGAACGACUGACCAAUAUACUAGAUGGAGGUGCUGAAAAGACACAGAUGCGGAGGACAGUAGAAGCCAUGAUCCAGAGUGAUCCGGUGUUCAGCCUAGAAAACCAGUACUUCAUGAGCCAGAAUGAAAGAUACGAAGAUGCUGUCAGGAAGUCCGUUCACCUCUCAAAGAAGGCGGCUGAAAUGGGAUGGGCAACAGGCGGACCUGAACUGGAUUACUGCCGCAGGGUUCUUUCUGCCAACCUGGCGUUCAACGUCCAUGUGGUCUUUGUUAAGAGCCUUAUGGGGUUGGCCACAGACGAACAGCUUGCUAAGUGGCUCCCUUUGGCAGAAAAGUUUUACAUCGUAGGGACCUAUGCCCAGACCGAACUGGGUCACGGAACUUACCUUCGGGGAUUGGAGACAACAGCCACCUUUGAUGCUGCGACACAGGAGUUUGUUCUCAACACGCCAAGCAUAUCUGCCAUGAAGUGGUGGCCGGGAGAUUUGGGACGAACGGCGACCCAUGCUGUGGUCUUUGCUCAGCUUUACCUGAAAGGAAAGUCGUAUGGCAUGCAUCCCUUCAUGGUGCAGAUCCGCAGCCUCCGAGAUCAUUCUCUGGAACCAGGAGUAACUGCAGGGGAUAUUGGUCCCAAAAUGAGCUUUGAAAAUGUUGACAAUGGCUUUCUCUUGCUGAAGAAUGUUCGGAUUCCAAGGGAAAACAUGCUGGCCAAGUUCUCUCAGGUCCUGCCAGAUGGCCGGUAUAUGAAAAAAGGAUCUGCACAAAUUAACUACCUUACUAUGAUUGUGGUUCGUGUCCUCAUGCUUCAGAAUGAAGUUGUCCCCAAUCUGAUGAAGGCAUGCACCAUUGCAAUCCGAUAUUCCGCAGUGCGCCGGCAGUCUGAGUUAAAGCCCGGUGACCGGGAGGCAAAGAUUCUUGACUAUCAGACCCAGCAACAGAAGCUUCUCCCUCAGCUGGCAACUGCCUAUGCCUUUUACUUCGUUGCAAAAUAUCUGCGGGACUUCUUUGACAGGGGCUACAUGGAAACCAAAGAAGGAAAGUUUGACUUGCUCCCUGAGCUUCAUGCUCUUGCUGCAGGAAUUAAAGUCAUCGCUACAGACUACUGCUCAGCCGGAGUAGAGAUUUGUCGGAAGGCCUGUGGGGGCCACGGCUACUCUCUUCUCAGCGGCCUGCCUUCCUUAUUCAGCAGGCAGGUGGCUGGUUGCACCUAUGAGGGGGAAAACACUGUCCUCCUCUUGCAGACAGCCAGGUUUCUGAUCAAGUGCCUUGGGAUGGCACAAAGCGGCCAGCCUCUUCCUUCAUCAGUGGCUUACCUGACUUCUGAAAGCUUUGGAAAAUGCCAAGCCCAGGGAAAGAGAGACUUCCUCAAUCCUGACGUUUACAUUGAAGCUUACAGGCACAGAGCAUUCAGAGUUGCAAGAAACGCAGCUGUGAAACUCCAGGGUUUGGUUCAGCAGGGAAUGGCACAGCACGACGCUUGGAACAGGUGCUCUGUCCAACUUGCCCAGGCUGCCAUGGCUCACAGCCAAUACAUCGUGGUGGAAAAAAUUGUCAAAGCGCUGGAGGCGUUUGGAAAAGAGGCUGCCAUCCAGAGGGUCCUUAAGCAUCUCUGCGACCUCUAUGCCCUGCAUGGGAUCUUCUCUGACUUGGGAGACUUUGUGCAGGAUGGCUACCUUUCUUCAAAGCAAUCUGACAUGGUGACCGAAUCGUACCUGGAUCUCCUGGCUGUCGUUCGGAAAGAUGCUGUGCCCUUAGUGGAUGCAUUUGAUUUCUCAGACGCAAAUUUAAAUUCAGCCCUUGGCUGCUACGAUGGUCAAGCCUAUCAGAGGCUUUACGAGUGGGCCAAGAAGUCACCAACCAACCAUCAGGACAACCAGAUUUUUGAGACGUAUUUGAAGCCGCUUUUCCGGAACGCCCUGUCCAAGCUGUGAAAGGAGGAAAUGAAGCAGAGAGGCAGCCCCUCCCCCCCCCCCCGCCCCCUGCUGCUCUCAAAGCAACACCGACGUUUAUUGAUUAAUGUAAACCCAUAAAAUGUAGCGGCCGACUGCCUUUUGAGUCUUGUCCAUCAAAACAUUCUCUUGAGUUUUCCUGGCAAGCGGAAGGCAGCCAGCGAAUCUGAACAAUUUGCUUUGGUGGUGGGGAGAUGCAUUUUAACUUCACCAAAUAAGCCAAGUUUUAUUUUAUUUCGCUGUGCACAGCAGCUCUUGCUGACAAGGUAUGUGCCAGCCCAGUCCACCGGAAUUACUGCCAUGAGAUCAGUCCACCAGCCGUUUUAGGGCUGGGAUUGGGGAACC